CCUCGAUCCCGAGUGAAAUUUGGCGCCAGCGUCCGUUAAACCCUAAGCCGAUAACAGGGAAUUAGGGUUUUUGCAGAGUAGAGACAAAAAUGCCAGUAGGGUUAAGGCUCUUCACGGACAGAGUCGGCGACGGUGCCGGGGCACCGGUUAUCGAUUCAGGAAAUGACGAGGAGCUCGUCCUCGUUCAGCCCGGCGUCUCGGUCGUCCUCGCCGGUGGCCCUCCAGAGUCCCCCGGUACCCUCUACAUAUCCACCAAGCAAGUGGUGUGGCUGAGCGAUGUGGACAGGGCCAAAGGCUAUGCCGUUGAUUUUUUGUCGGUGUCGCUUCACGCAGUGUCCAGAGAUCCCGAGGCUUACUCGUCUCCUUGUAUCUACACUCAGAUUGAAACCGGAGCCGAGGAUGAGGAUGAAUCAGGGGGCUCAGAUUCAGAAAUGAAUGAAACACUCGACUUGUCAAAGAUCAGAGAGAUGAGACUUGUUCCUUCUGACCCUAAUCAAUUGGAUACACUAUUUGAAAUAUUUUGCAAAUGUGCCGAACUGAAUCCUGAACCUAUUGAAGGGGAAGAAGAGCAUAAUUGGAUUUUUAGUGCGGAUCAAAUGGAGGAUGAUGGCACAGGGGAUGAAGAAUCUGACUGGCCUGCACUUCAAAACCUGACCAAUUCCAUUGGCCAUGCAAAUGGGGAUCAUGAUAUAGCACAUUCAGUGCUUGAGCAGCUCCAGAUUAACGACGAACGGUUUGAGGAUGCUGAGGAGAUGGAGACUGAUAGAAACAGGAACCUUGAUUGAGAUGUCCUUUUAUCUAUGCCUAUGCCGUAACAGUCUUGUGUGUAUAUUUGAACAAUGAGCAAGAUUGCAAAACCAUGUUGCUUGCUUUUAUGUUAACUCUUCUUAAGGAAUUUAUCCUCUCAUGAGAUUUGUAUUUUAGGUGCAAUAUUGCAAUUUAGUAACUCUAACUUGGUUUAUCUACAAACCGGCUUAUCCUUGGGAUGUUUUGAGAGGAGUAUGGAAACUGAUUUGCUCCCUAGUGGGCAUUUGGUUAGGGAUGCCUGGUAACAUA